GUAUAAAUGAAGUCCUUCCUGGCCGCUACGUAGCUAGGGAGGCUGCGCGGCGCUCCCAAUCCCACCACCACUCAGUUGCCAGCCGUGGUCGCGAGCUGAGGGGCUGCCUCCGAGACAAACGCCGACACUCACUCUCCUGGAACGACCGCAAGCGUUAAGUGACGCGGCAGCAUGAAGGGGGCGCAGUGGCUGGCAAUGAGCCUCACCUUGGCGUUGGCGGCGGGCGAAGGCUAUUCCCAGGCGCGGACAAAGAGAAAUACCCCCAUAUUCUUCCCUGGGAGUUUUGCGCCUGAGCCCCACACCACUGCCCUCGAACUGCCGGAGAACAUGGACCUUAACACCCUGGACCUGGAAAGCCUCUCGCGCAUCAACACCAUCGGCAACAUCACGGCCUUCGCGGACCUCUUCGGCAUCCCGCUUCCCGACGGCAGCUUUACGGACGAACUGAGCACCAGAUUUGGAGCUUCCUCCGAAGAGGCCAUCAUGGCCAACUGCAAGCCUGAAAUGCGCACCGUGCACCUGGACCUGCCUGUGGAGGCCAACACCUUAUUCUUCCCAACCUGCGUGAGGCUGGAACAGUGCGGCGGCUGCUGCUACGGCCCACUGCUCACCUGUCGCCCUACCAGAACUACGCCGAUCUUAUUAAAGGUGCUGAAGACAAAGCUCAAUGACAGCAGCAGGUCAGGAGGGCGGCGAUCACGCACUCGCCGCCGCCGAGAAACUGUCCCCAGCUACCACGAGGUGGAGGUCCAGAAGCACGAAGAGUGUGCCUGCGGCUGCAAGGUGCAGGAGGAUGACUGUAAGCCCAACCUCCACACCUACUUCGAGGGCGAGUGUGCCUGUGUCUGCAACAACAAAGACGACAAGGCGAAGUGUGAGCAGCAGGGCGAGACCAAGUACUGGGACAACGAGACCUGCAACUGUUACUGUCGGCGACCAGUUCCCUGCAGCACAGGCCAGUUCUUCUCCCCAGUCUCCUGCAAGUGUGAAUAAUAGGCGACGGCUGGCAGCGGCUUCCCACGCACGCACGUCCUGGACAACCCACGCCUACUCACGCACUGCAUGGACCUGGCGGCGGCAAGACUCUUUAGCAACGCAGACGUGCCUUCCCCAGCGUGCAUGUACAUACCAACCACAUAAUGGCGAUAGUAGUUCCAAAUAAAGGGAAAAAACUGAAGGGUGUAAAAUCCAUUCUUUAAAAAUAGUAAAUCUGAUGUAAGUGCGCGUUCUCAACAUGUAAGAAGUGUCCUAACGAGGUAUGGUAUGAUGUCGCUGGGAUAAGCAAAACGCAGACACCUCGGUGACAGUUCUUGGGUUCCCGUGGAUGUCAGCACGUUCUCAAUGUGUAGUUAUGUAAUCAUUCAAUACAAUUUUGAAGAUCUAA